AUGGCUGCCACCUCCAAAAGAUACGAAGUUAAUUCUGAUGCACCGGUUUCCAGCUCAAAUUGCGUGGGGCUGGGUGGAGUGAUGCGUGACAUGGAGGGUGAUGUUGUGGUCUCGACAUGCCUAAGAUUGAGUGGAAAGUUUGAGGCUGAUGUUGCUGAGGCCUUGGCAAUGCGACACGCUUUGGCUAUUACUCUUGACUCGGGUUUUAGUAGGGUGUGUUUGGACUGCUUGAAGCUUCACAAUCAUCUAUUGAAAGGAAAGGCUCCUCCUACAGCUUUUGGCCUUGUUAAUGAUAUACUACAACUUGCUCUUCGCUGCCAAGCUUGUUCGUUCUCAUUUGUGAAGAGGAAUGGCAAUCGGAUUGCUCAUGAGCAAGCAAAACUAAGUCUUUCUUUUGAUGGCCUUAGAGUUUGGAUGGAAGAGGUUCCUUUGGGUAUCUCUAAUAUGUAA